CUUCAUUGCAUAGCGAUCUAAGGUUUGAGUCGCAUAUGGGGCCUGUUCUGAUAGACCAGUGUUCUGAUAAGAAAACUAUCAACCACAAUUUUCCUGCAUCGGACAGAAGCUCGCACAUGUUUUUGAACCCCGGAAAAGCUUGCGCGGACAAAAGAUCGACCAUCAAAAUCAUUUCAAUGUUGAUGUAUCAUGUGAAGGACAGACGAAACCCAAAGUAUGCAUGAAUAACAAAAUUUAUGCCUUCAAUCAAAAUGGCUGGCACAGUUAUUCGCACAACGAUGCCGUGACUUUUUGUUAUAACAACAGCUUCAGCAUAGCGACCAUGGACGCCAAUUACAAGGAGGAAUUUGUUAGGGUCAUCAUCAACUGUAGCUUACCAUUGCCGGCCGCACAAUACUGGAUAUCGGAUACUACACCAUCGACGACUUGCUGGAAGUUGUCAUUAAACAUUAGCAUGCACGGACUUACUUCUGCAAGUGUAGAAACAUCGUCAUGUGAAGAUAUGCUGGAACAUGUGCUUUGUGAAGUCCCAUCAAAUCUAACCUCUAGUUCCACUAUUUCAAGUCCUACAGCUAACUCAACACCAGCACACAUGCUCAGAACCGAAAACCUGUUGCCUUCGUUCACUACCAGCAAUCAGUUGUCGGUCAGUUCUAUGACACCGUUGACUGAUUUGCAACAUUCAACAUACUUUUAUCAUACGCCCCUCACAAUCGCAGGAACUGCAUAUACACCAUUCAGUUUGAUGACAGGGGAGUCUGAGCAAUCACCAAAGGUAUCGCUUUGGACGGAAACAGCAGGAUCAUUUGAUGACGUUACGUCUACAAAAUCAUCACUUGAUCUACAGCAGUCAACGAAAGCAGAUACACCGACAACAAUGAUUUCAACUUUAACCGAGAAGCCCGAUUCCUCUUUUGGGUCCACUGAAUCACACCAAGUCAUAGCUUCAUCUUCAAAUGUAACAUAUACCCCAGCGAUGAAUACUGGCAUUCCCGUGACUGGGUUCUUACCAGAAUACACGUAUAGUUCAGAAUGGCGACAACUAGACACUCAUGAAUACAUUGUGAACACAGCGGCUCUCCCACUUGAUGUGGCCCGUGCCUUCUGUCGAAACUUCAGUGACGCAUCUGUACUGUCUUGUCCAUCCGUCACCAGAUGCAUUGGCAUCGCGAACCGUCUUAACCUGAUCAGCGGGGAGUACUGGUCAGCAGGUCCCCUUGACGACCCCUCUGCAGGAGGAGUGGUAAUCAGAUGGCCGGAAAUGUCCUUCAGGAUGGUGGCUCGUAACACUUCGAGGUACACAAUCUGCAGUCGCAUGGCCAAUAGCACAUUGGAGAUUGUAAAAGCGAACUUGACACGGAUGCUUAAUGACAUGACGGUGGCGCCGAAUAAAACCGCGAAAGCUCUGUCAAAGCUCAGCUCAGCCGAAGACAACCGAGUCUCGGCGCAGAAUGUGGGAGCCUUCGGUGUGGCAUUUAUAUGCUUCAUUGUAAUGAUGCUUGUAGCAGUUGAUGCAAUCAAUUUAGUACGAUGGUUUCAGCAAGGGCGCACUCCUGCUUAAUCAAAGCACUUUUGUAAGGACAUUUAAAUCUGGUGUAUGUAGAUUACUAGAACUAGAGUUCAUUACAGACAUUCGGUUGGUGCAUAGAGAUUCCCUCAUGUGGAUAUCCAUAUUGUAUUGAGAUAAAGUUUCCUAAACUUCGCGUAACGUUGUUUCGGAAAAUAUAUAUAAGGUUUAAACCGCAAGCAUAAUUUGUUUUAAAACAUGUAAAAGUAAAAACUACUAGAGAACAUUUACCGGUAGAUCUAGAAAACCAACCUUUUGCAUUUUACUAAAAUUGCAUAAACAAUGUUUACAUAGAUGUUUAUGUUUUGUGUUUAUGUUUUUUGUAGAUAAAAAUUUAGAAUCUAAUAACGAAAUUUGAUUUCUGCAAAUGUGGUUUUAAACAAACUGCAAACUCUUAUCUGUGGUUGUAACGUUAUUGGCAUUUUCAAGAAGUGAUUAUACAACAUAUGUGCUUGGGUGCACCGUGUAAACAUUAUGGCUAUACCUCAUGCACAUGUAAACGCGCUUUCUGUUAACUUACGCUAAUCUAGUAUUCCUAUGAUUUAUUGAUUCGUUCAAAAUGAAUCCGGGUUAUUUUUAUAUACACUGUUCACGCUGAGUUUUAAAUUCGAAUAUUGACCGAUGAUAACGUUUUUAACAGUUAAGUUUUGAUUUCGAUCGCUUACAGCUUACUAGUCUUGUAGGAACGGAGGUCCACGGUGAAUGAUUGGAACCUUUUUUUCUUUUAUGCUAAUGAUGUUCUACAUCGUUAUGGGUAAAAGAAAAUUGUUGUUCCCAAGAAAAAUGUCAUGCCCACGGGGCUUAAAUCCAAGAUGGCCGACCAAAAACAUAGGAAAUACCGUUUUUUCUCAAAUGACUUUAACAGCAUAUAUUUUCCAUGAUUUUGGUAAGCUUUGUAAUUAAAGCAAUUGAGAACGUAUUAUUCUCAUAAAAACAGUUUUUGGUGAAAUAUUAAUCAUUGUAUGAAAACAAUAACUAUAUCAAUGAAAAAAGGUACAAAAAACAUGUGUUUUUGUGCGUAUGACAUGUUUCAAUUUGUACCUGAAAAACAGUUUAGAUACAAUUAUCAUCCUAACUACAUUUAUACCCACCUAUGGGACUAAGGAGUUUAAAUAUAUAAUAUUUCAUGUGAAUAUGAUAUAACAAACAUGAUUUGUAAGACAAGAAAAGUGGUUGGGGUAAAUGACAAAUAUACACUUUUUAAAAUUAAUGAAAAAAUCCCUAAUGUGCAUAUUGAUAUAUAAUUAUUUAGGUAUAUAAGGCUUGUUAACUUGUUAUGUUUAUGUAUUUGGAUCUUUUUUAUUCUUUUAAGUGCAUGCACAUUGUUUUUAAACAUAAAAUUCAUUUCUCUUAAUUAUAAUAAUAAAAUUAAAGAUAAAAAUCAGUUAUCAACAAAGGGUAUAAAAAUCUCUGGCAUUGAGCUCUAGUAGUGUCAGGGGCUCACGCUGCAUGAUUCUAAGAUUUUAUUUUAAAUGCUGAUGAUAAUCUACAUUUUCUUGGGUAAAAUUGUGUUUUUGUUUCCACGAAACUUAUAUAUCAAAUGGUGUCUGCUGGCUGCCCAUAAAC